GGCAAGUCACAUGAGCCACCAAAAUGGUGGUGUUCGGGUAUGAGGCUGGGACUAAGCCAAGGGAUUCAGGUGUGGUGCCGGUGGGAACUGAGGAAGCGCCCAAGCUUUUUUGUUCUGAACUCCCACUGCGUUGUGGAUUCCUGAGGAUGGGAUGACUGUAUCUUGAUUACCCGGAGGUCUGGCAUAUACCACGUGCUCCCUAAAUUAUGAGCGAAUGUUGAAUAAAAUUCUAAAGGUGAAAUUUAUUAUUAGGUGAAAAAUUUAUUAUUAGGUAAAAUAAUACACAUGAAAGCACUACAAAACCGUUAAAUGAUUUGCAAACUAUAAACCUACAUAAAUGCACUCUUACUGGUAUAAGCGUGGUGACUAGUUGAGUGGCCUUAAGGGGGAAGGAGUGUAAUGAAAGCACUCGACUCUUUGACAGUGCCUUGCAAAGCUUAAGCACUCAAUAAAUAUUUCCUGUGUUCUUUCCAGUAUUUCAGUAUUUGCUGUCCUGUAAUCAUAAUCCUGGGUGUCUGUUUUCCCUGUAGAGACUUUAGGGUGUAGACUAGGUAGGAGAUUAGUAGAAGAUAUUGCCUGGAAGUUUGUUUUGUUUUUUGUUUUUGGUGGAAGGUGGAGGAUUUCAAUGAAUUGGAUGAGAGCAAAACAAAAAUUUAUCUAUGGUUUAUGGUUACUCAUGUUAUUGACAUCUGCCAAGACAGCAGAUGUCUUAGUACAAUAGAUGGGUUAGGUAUAGAAUCUCCCUUAGAUGUUACUAUCCCUUAUACUUUCCCUUUGGGUGUCAGGGAGAGGGAAAAGAUGUAAGUCUAGUCACUGAAAAAUUGUAAUUUGUAAAAUAUUUUACCUUUUUUUCCCCCUGCCCUCUCCAGAAAUGUUACAGAAAAAGAUUGAGUACAUUUCUGCCAUGAUGCAGAGAAAGAAACUGGUCCAUUAUUACUCAUUGUGUAACACCAUAAGGUUCAAAGGAGCUCAUACCUUCUGUAUGUUGAUGCCAGGAACUGUGUAUAAUGAACUGGCCUUCUAUAGUUAGGAUUGGUACAUACCGCUCAUUCAGCAAAUGAGUAUUACAGUGAUAUUCAACAUGUGUCCAUUGACUACAGCAUCAGAAGCACUAAGUGCUAUUAAAAUGCAGAUUCUAGGCCUCAUCCUACUCCUGCUGAAUCCAGGUAUCUCAGGAGGGAAUUCAUGAGACUGCAUUUCAAAUAAAUACCCCAUGUGAUUCUUGUGCAUGCUGAAGGUUGAGAACCACUGAUUUAUUAAGUAUCUUGUGUGUUCAUUAUGCUUUAUCCCCUCUAAUCCUCUUGUCUAGGACUCCUUAAAUUUGAGAUUUAGUAUUUCCCUUUAAUAUGAACAUUAAAAUUGAGAUUAGUGUAAAUUUGUAAAGAGACUAUUUAGCUAAUCUGGAGGAAAAAGAGUAAAAAGCACUGAAUUUAGCAGCAAUAGACCUUCCACUUGGCUGCUGUAGUAGGUAAACAUUUGCAACCACGUGUUUGGAUUUAACAAAUGUUAUUAAGACUUUUCACAGAGACUCUAGAGUCUUGCCCAGAGCAAAACAUUCAGAAAGGAUCCUCUCUGAGAGUGCAGGGUUUGUUUUUUUGUUGUUGUUGUUUUGUUUUGUUUUUUAACCUGUCUAGUUUCUGUUAAGAUGCUACUGGCCAGGUCUUCAUGGUCCCUUGACAUUGGCAGCUGUCUGUUCAUCACACUUGGGACACAAGAACCUUCCGACCAAGGAGCCCAGUGCCAUGGGUCUCUGGGGCCGGGCACGGUGGCUCACGCCUUUAAUCCCAGCACUUUGAGAGGCUGAGGCAGGUGGAUCACUUGAGGUCAGGAGUUCGAGACCAGCCUGGCUAACAUAGUGCAACCCUGUCUCUACUGAAAAUAAAAAAAUUAGCCGGGUGUGGUGGCAGGUAUGGGUCUCUGCUAUACCACACGACCAUUUCUAGCAAAGGCUCUGCUUCCACCACAGGUGGUAAUAGGGAACUGGAUAUAUAAUUUAUGUACUCCAAAGUAGUAGCCACAAUCCACUGCCAGUUCCCUUCCUGGAGCAGUGUCCCUCUUUCUGAUUUUUCUCUCUCACUAUUCUCCAAGGCAAUCCCUGCUCUCUCCUACCUCUCUAGGAAAUGAAACACGAUUUCCAAAAUGAACUUAAUCUUUCAUGAGAAACUGAGGAUAGAGAUGUCAAUAAGCAGCCACUGUUUCCACCUCCCCACCUGAAGAGCUAGGAGGACAACUACAAAGAGCCUGACUGCCUUCUCGGAAUGAGGAGAGAGGAAAACAGCAACAGUUUUCAAGAUGGCAGCAUCUAUGCAUGGUCAGCCCAGUCCUUCUCUAGAAGAUGCAAAACUCAGAAGACCAAUGGUCAUAGAAAUCAUAGAAAAAAAAUUUGACUAUCUUAGAAAAGAAAUGACACAAAAUAUAUAUCAAAUGGCGACAUUUGGAACAACAGCUGGUUUCUCUGGAAUAUUCUCAAACUUCCUGUUCAGACGCUGCUUCAAGGUUAAACAUGAUGCUUUGAAGACAUAUGCAUCAUUGGCUACACUUCCAUUUUUGUCUACUGUUGUUACUGACAAGCUUUUUGUAAUUGAUGCUUUGUAUUCAGAUAAUAUAAGCAAGGAAAACUGUGUUUUCAGAAGCUCACUGAUUGGCAUAGUUUGUGGUGUUUUCUAUCCCAGUUCUUUGGCUUUUACUAAAAAUGGACGUCUGGCAACCAAGUAUCAUACCGUUCCACUGCCACCAAAAGGAAGGGUUUUAAUCCAUUGGAUGACGCUUUGUCAAACACAAAUGAAAUUAAUGGCGAUUCCUCUAGUCUUUCAGAUUAUGUUUGGAAUAUUAAAUGGUCUACACCAUUAUGCAGUAUUUGAAGAGACACUUGAGAAAACUAUACAUGAAGAGUAACCAAAAAAAUGAAUGGUUGCUAACUUAGCAAAAUGAAGUUUCUAUAAAGAGGACUCAGGCAUUGCUGAAAGAGUUAAAAGUAACUGUGAACAGAUAAUUUGUUCUGUGCCUUUUGCCUGGUAUAUAGCAAAUACUCAAAAAAUAUUCAAUAAUUCAAUCAAUAAAUAUAAGUUUCAUCUUACACGUAAGAUACAGGUCUUAUCUCCUGAUGGUGUGUCCAUUUUGCCUGGUAUAUAACAGAUAAUAAAUAUCCAGUGUCAAUAAAUGUAACAAUAAAA